AUGGCAACACCUCAGAUAGUAUUACCUGGAGAGCAUAUCCCCGUCAGCCAGAUCCCGACAUCACAAAAGCGCAAAAUAGGACAUGGCCUUCGACCAGACCCUGACACCGAAUCAUUCAUAGCCACCAUUGGCGGACUAUUAGAGGUCGACUGGCGGAAGAAGAGCGCCCAAAUCUCGACACCCAAUGCACGAUACAUCUCCAAGCCGGGAGACCUGGUGAUUGCGCAAUUCCGCGCGUCAUCAACGGAUUUUUUCCAUCUAUACAUCAAUCCACACUCACCCCAGGCAAUUCUACCACAGCUGGCUUUCGAGGGCGCCACCAAGAAGACACGGCCGCAGCUCAAGACUAAUGAUCUUGUGUAUGCGAAAGUGGUGUCUGCGCAGAAGAACAUGGAGAUCGAAUUGAGCUGCGUCAAUCCCUCGACAGGCAAGUCGGAGCCGGACGGUCUCGGCCCGUUGUCUGGAGGAAUGGUGUUUGAUGUGAGCCCUGGCUUGGCGGAUCGCUUAUUGAAGAAGCAGAAUGUGCUCGCUAUGGACGAGCUCGGGGCAAGGCUUCAGGGUGGGUUUGAGAUCGCCGUCGGCAGAAAUGGCAAGGUUUGGGUCGAUUGUCCGGAGGCUGGCAUAAAGGGGAUUUGUGCCGUAGGGCGAUGUCUACGACAAUUGGAUGACGCCGAACUCGGCGAAAAGGAGCAGAAGAAACUGGUCAACAAGAUCAUGACGGAAUUGGAACGUGGAUGA